UAAAGUCUCAAACUCAAAUUCACAAAUCCAUCCAUCCCACAAUACCAAAUUCUAUUUCGUAUUCUUGCUAUUUCGAAUUUCAUACGCAAAAUAGAAAUUUUACUCCGGAUCUAACAAAAUCAAACAUUUUCCAGUAUACUAUUAAAAAUUUACUGUGUAAUUAUUCUCUUCAACAGUGAUUCCUCUUCAAAUAUUUCUUCGUAACAAGAAAACACAAAAAUGAGCAAGCCAGGUGAUAAGCCGAAACAGCCAGAAUUCCAUCUGCUUCCAAAAAUCAUCAAUGGCAGUAUCGCUGGUAUUGUGGGAGUGUCUGUGGUCUUCCCCAUUGACUUGGUCAAGACCAGGUUGCAGAACCAGACCAUCGGGCCGAAGGGCGAAAAGCAAUAUUCCAGCAUGCUGGAUUGUUUCAAAAAGACGUACCAUGCGGAGGGUUACUUCGGCAUGUACCGGGGCUCCGGUGUUAACAUCUUGCUGAUUACACCGGAGAAGGCCAUCAAGCUAGCCGCCAACGAUCUCUUCAGAUUCUAUCUUACGAGACCUGAUGGAACAUUGCCAAUCGUGAACCAGAUGUUGGCGGGAGGUUUGGCGGGCGCGUGUCAGAUUGUCAUCACCACGCCCAUGGAGCUGCUCAAGAUCCAGAUGCAGGACGCGGGCAGGGUGGCCGCACAGGCAAAAGCAGAGGGUCGUAAGAUAGAGCGCUUGACCGCUACAGCGCUGACGAAGCGGUUGUUGGCUGAGCGCGGCAUCCUCGGGCUAUACCGCGGCGUAACCGCGACAGCAGCGCGUGAUGUCUCCUUCAGUGUUAUCUACUUCCCAUUGUUCGCGAUACUCAACGAUAUGGGUGUUAAAGACGGACAGGCGCCGCCCUUCUGGUGGUCGUUCCUGUCCGGAUGUGCGGCUGGCUCCACGGCCGCGCUCUCCGUCAACCCCAUGGACGUGGUGAAGACUCGCAUGCAGACGCUGUCAAAGGGCAGCGGGGAGAAGCAGUACAACUCUAUCAUGGACUGUGUCACGACAACAUUGAAACGCGAAGGUAUAACAGCUUUCUUUAAGGGCGGCGCGUGUCGAAUGAUGGUCAUAGCUCCCUUGUUCGGUAUCGCACAAACUAUCUACUACAUAGGUAUAGCUGAAUAUCUGCUAGGUUAUAAAUAAAUAUAUCAAAUAUCUUGUUACGUCACAACCAAGGUUUCUUUUUCUUUGGCUGUAUAGGUUUCAAGGCUCUAUUUCUUUUUGUUACGAGAAAUUCAUUCGAAACAUGUGUACAAAACUAUUGUUGUCUCUCUUUCUCCUAAAGCAAUGAAAGAGAUGAAUGUAUGUUUUUGUACAUCUGUUUAAGUUGAGAUAACGGUUAUAAUAAUGCCUUUUCCUAUGUUGUUUGCGUUGGAAGAGUUUAAAAGAUACUAAAUAUACGAACAAUGAAAUAAUUAUUUUUAUAAAACGAAAUUGACUAUCAAAGAUUGGAUAGUGUUGCCCACACUAAUAUUUUUUUUUUCUAAUUAAAUUGAAAAAAGGCACUGGUGAAUGUUGCCUUUACCAAUAAAAAAACUGACAUAUCAGUUAUUAAUCGAAGUCAUUUUAUAUGU